AUGACAACCCUCGCGGGAUCAAAACGCACGGCCGGAACGCCGUUCGCAUCACCAACCAAGGCCGCAGCAUCAGCAAAGAGGUCUCGGACGCAAUACGAUUAUUAUGACGAGGAAGACUCCGAGUCGUGUCCCGAGGACCAGUGGAGCCCGGAAACGGACUCUGGGUCAGAAAUGAGCAUAGACGAGAAUGAUGAACGCGACAGCCUGGCCGACGAAUCUGUGGCAGCUCCUCCUCGCGGGCCUAGACCUCACCAAGAUUCACGGGAUACAGAGGUGACGCCGACAAUUAGAUUUACGUCGCCCGAUUUAUUCUCGUCCAUUUCGACCGCUGCUACCCAAAAGGACCUAAUUCAUCGGCGCUCUGAGGCCACUUGGUACGGACACGGCUCAUCAAAGACCAAGACCAAGCCUUGCACCGGCUGUGCCUGCAUCAAGUCAGGCAAACAGUGCGACGCUUCGAGCUGCCGCUGCAAGGGCGGUACGGCAUGCAAAAACCCCCUCAAGAACCUGGACCUCGUCGCUCUCUUUGGCCAGGACCCUGUCGCCGUCCACCCGUGCUUCACGACAUGGGUCGCGAGGCAGGACAAAGCCACCCUGGAACGGACGAACGUCCACUCCCUUUUCGAUGUCCUCUUCGAAGAAGACAGCUACGACUUCAUGCUCGACAGCUUUUAUCCUUAUGUGAACGAGCCCUACCUGGAGUGGAGGGCGAAGUGGGACCGCCUCUGUGCCUCGGAGCGAGACGGCGGCGCCGGCCUUGCCCUAAAACAGGAGCUGCUCCGCUGGGGUCUUACCGCUCGAGACCUCCAGUCCGUCUACUUCUCUUUCUGCCGCGAGGAAGGAUGGGUACGGACUGAUUUAGAAUGGCACUGCCGUGUUUGUGGCGACUGCAUGGAGGCCACUCACUACAUACUCGGAGGGUGUAGCUGCAUUCAUUUUCCAGCACCUCGAAUUGUUAUGUAUUAA